AUGAAGGGUUUCAGACAGAGAGUGCACGACCAGUUGUCGCGGGCAAAAGACAACAAGUCCUCGAAAAAGAAAGACUCCACCUCACAGAAUCAGUCCCUCGGCAUUUCCACCACACAGCAGUCUACUUCCCCCAACCAAGGGACACCUACAUCCUCCACAACAUCUCUCAAUGACUCGCGAAACAAAUCGCCGGACAACGCUUCCCCCGCCGGCACCCCUUCUGCGGGCGCACCUCACCCCGGCACUCCGGUUCAACACUAUAUACCCCAAGCGGGGAUCGCAGGACAGCCUGUAAGCAAUGGACCGGCAACUCCGAAUAGACAAGGCCAACCAGCGGCCCCCAGCGUCAUCAUUAGCCCAAGCGCACCGCAUGUUCCCCCACCUGGCGCUGCUGAAACGAUGCCCGGAGACCUCGCACCUCCUAGGAAGUCUCACGUCUUCGACCGCCUACAAACAACUCCUAAGGACAUGUCGGAAGGUAUCCGGACCCCCAAACGCCAACAUUCAUCCCGAUUCGACAUCUCCGAUCAGCGUCAGAGAGAAUUGGAGAAGCUGCCGGGAUUCCACGAAGUGCCUCCCAACCGACGCCAAGAUUUGUUCAUGCAAAAGAUCGAUCAGUGCAACAUCAUCUUCGAUUUCAACGACCCGACGGCCGAUAUGAAGUCUAAGGAGAUCAAGAGGCUGGCGCUGCACGAACUUUUAGAUUAUGUCGCCAACAAUCGGUCGGUGAUUACGGAGCCCAUGUAUCCCCGCGUGGUGGAGAUGUUCGCCAAGAACCUCUUCCGUCCCAUUCCUCCACCUAUGACGCCCCAGGGCGAAGCAUUUGACCCGGAGGAGGAUGAGCCGGUCUUGGAGGUCGCUUGGCCCCAUAUUCAGGUUGUAUAUGAGUUCUUCUUGAGAUUCAUCGAAAGCCAGGAUUUCAACACGAACAUCGCGAAGGGUUAUAUUGACCAUCAAUUUGUGCUUUCAUUGUUGGACCUCUUUGACUCGGAAGAUCCGCGCGAACGUGAUUUCCUCAAGACGACUCUGCAUCGCAUUUAUGGAAAGUUCUUGAAUUUGCGUUCCUAUAUCCGCCGAUCUAUCAACAAUGUCUUCUUCCAGUUCAUGUAUGAGACAGAACGCCAUAACGGAAUCGCCGAAUUGCUCGAGAUUCUUGGAUCCAUUAUCAACGGGUUCGCUUUGCCGCUGAAGGAAGAGCAUAAGCUAUUCUUGACCAGAGUGCUCCUGCCCAUGCACAAGGUGAAGAGCCUUAGCAUGUACCACCCGCAAUUGGCCUACUGCAUCGUUCAAUUUUUGGAGAAGGACUCCUCAUUGACUGAAGAUGUUGUCCUUGGUUUACUGCGCUUCUGGCCUAAGACCAAUAGUACCAAAGAGGUUAUGUACCUGAAUGAGGUGGAAGACAUCUUCGAGGUGAUGGAUCCGGGCGAGUUCGCCAAAGUCCAGGAGCCUCUGUUCAAUCAGUUGGCCAAGUCUGUUGCCAGUCCCCAUUUCCAGGUCGCUGAACGUGCUUUGUACUUCUGGAAUAACGAGUACUUCUGUAACCUUGUGAGCGAUAACGUGGAGACAAUUCUUCCGCUUAUGUUCGCACCGCUUUAUGAGAACUCGAAGGGACACUGGAACCGAACAAUUCACAGCAUGGUUUACAAUGCCAUGAAAAUGUUCAUGGAGAUCAAUCCGCAACUCUUCGAUGAAUGCUCUCACGAUUACACGGAGCACCAGAACAACGCAGACCAACGCGAAAAGACUCGCACUGACCGGUGGGAUGUCAUCGAACAACAGGCCAAAGAUCGGAAGAAUGGCAUUCCCCCACCUCCUCCGCCGCCUCUUGACGUGCCGGAGCCGAUCGAUGAGGUAGAGGCCAUGACCCACGAGAGCCAGAAGCGGCUGAACUCGCUGAAGUUGCAAGAGGACCCCGACGUCUCCAAGGAACGUCCCAACCGGGAAGGUACCCCCAACUCGAUACUGCAUUCCUAUUUGAAAUGCCUUUUUGCCUGGCCCUAUCCACCCUCGUACUUGUCUUUUGCUAAGAGACCACGUCCGCCCAUGUAUAGUCAGCGUGAUUCUAACGUGAGAACGUCCGUUUGCUCCAGACAAGACGCCGAGGCUCGAUUCGCAGCACUGGCCGACGGCGACGGAGCGGAAGCGGCAGCGAGGUUCGCCCGCGACGACGUUCGGUCGGCAGUGGUACCAGUGCGACCAAUGUACAGAUCUUGCAUCGAAGCAAUUCUACCAAAUAAUGUCUCGGAGGAGAUGGACUGCUGA